AUUCAUAGCUUAUAAUAUAUUAUCAGUCAUUUUCGGGUAAAGACGGCAAGAACAUAGGACUUCCUUGUUGUUUAACAUCCAGAGAUAGGUGGCAAAAUGAAAUUCAUCGAAGAUAUGGAUUCUGAGACCAACGCAAACAAACGCAAAAGAAUAGAGGAAGAACCUGAAGAAGAAAAGCAAGAAAAGAGACAACGGCUUGACAAUACCAUUGAAAAACCUGACGAAAUUAUAAAUAUAAGCACAGCUUUGUCCAAGGCUGAAACACAUACACUAGACAAUAUAGAUGACAAAAAAACUAAUCAAACUGAAAAAGAUGUAUCAUACAGCUCUGUAUCCGUAACUGAAAGCAAAACUGGGAAAGAAAAUGCGGUUUUUAUUAACAUGCCUGCAAAGUCUGAUGACUGUAGCUUGCCUACUAUCGAAAGCGAAAACGAAGAUGGCACGAUUAAGAUGACUGCUAGCGCACGGUCUUUGGAUUCUAGAGAUGAUAUGAAUGACGGGGACGUUCGCAAUUCUGAAGCCAGGUGUUUCUCUACAACCAUAGCUGAGUCUAAGAACACUGAUGAAUCUAAAGGCAGGGACAUCCAAGUAGAAAAAGGGGAUCUUGGAAUUGAAUCAGGUAUUGAAAAAUGUGGUGACAUGAAGUUUGUUACCUACGAUGCUGUUCAAGAAAACGAAGGCAGCCUGGAUAACUGCGUAGAAGGUCAGAUCGGAAAUAAUGAGGAAAAUGGUAUCACCAAUAAAAUGCUUAUUUCACCUGAGGUUUUAGAGGAAUCGAAUGUUCAGACUGAACAAAAAGAUAUACAAAAUUCAAAUUUGGAGAAAAAUGAAUGUAGAGAUUCAGUUUUCACAAAGGAGUCGGAAACUCAAAUAAUCAUAAGUGAGACAUCAGGGCAAGAAGAUAAUGCAUUAGAUGAAAACAGAUUUUUAUAUAGGUUGCUCAGACCAGACGAGUCUCUUAAUCAUGGAAUUGAACCAAAAGACCCUAAUUCGGACACCACUAUAGAUGACCACGUUGCUUGCGGAUCGGCUGAUGGCUUCAAGUCAAAAUACAUAUCCUGUUCAAAAACACGCACUGGUAUUAAUAGAUUUGCGUCUUUUAUCAGACGGACUUCACGUUUUCAGUUGCGAUACAUUGUCAGAAUCGACAAAACAAAGCUUGGUGAAGAUUGUAAAAUAUAUGACCUCACAGAAGAACCUGUUAGAGAGAAGUAUCUUCAAUCUGAUCCUGCAAUAAGACAUUCUCGUCGUUUUGAUGAAGUGUUACUUGCUCCAUUAUGUGAAAUACCUGUUGAGUGUUUUACAAAAGUUGCAACAGUACAACAUGGAAACAGAAAAUGGGAUGACGAUGCAUAAUGACUUUUUACAACCGAAAAUUGUUUAUGGAUAAAAAUACUUAAACAAAACAUAAAGCGUUAAAAACCAUAUUAAGAAAAAAAAUGGAAAAAAUGUAAUCCAUUUUGGCACAUUUUAAACCGCAUUCUUUUAAACACACUUAUUUUUUUUUUAAAGAAUACACACUUUAAUAAGACACUUACCAUUGUACCAUUGUUAUAAAUGAUUCUAAAACCCAAUGAGUGUAUGUGGGGUUUGUUUUGGCGACGUCGAUUAAGAUUUCAGUAUUAGUAUUGUGAACACAAAACGGUUGUAUUCUUUGCAAUCAGCGUAUGGACAUUGUAAUAAUAAGAAAUUCACACCCCCCUUUUUUGGUUGUUAACACAGAGCUUUGUAAAGGUAUUUCUAACGUUAUACCGAGUUUUAAAUGUCGUAUGUCGUGAUAUAUAGCAAGAUGUAGACAUUGUCUUUUUGUAUUUACCAAAGUGUUUGGAUUACAUGCGUUGUUUAAACUUGAUUGAAAUAACUUUGUUAUAUUUGCUUGUUAAUUUUGCACACAAUUAUAUCAUUGUUAAUGAUGUUGCAUCUUUAAUUUGCUUUAAAUGCGAUAUUUAUGAUCCAAUAACCCAAUAUAAACCGUAAAUAAAAACAAGACAAGAAACCUUGCUUACAAAAAAAAAGAAAAGACAAUUAAAACUUUUUAUAUCUCUUAAAACUUAUAAUAAAGUUUAGAUUGACCCAUUAAAGGGGGAUUCUUAAGGAUAUUAAUUAUUAAUAACCUAGCUUAAAUCCUGACCAUGUCUCCUGAAAUGAAAAGAACAGGCGACGAUGAAACUUGAGCAGGUUUUAAAUCUCAUUGUUCAAAUGCAAUUGACACAGUGGGUAACUUAAAUGUGUGCUGCACAGUUCAAUGGUUUUUAGUGUAGGUUGCACUGUGUCAUCAAUGCUGAUUAGCUUAUUUUUAAAUAACAAGAUAUAAAUAUAUACGGUUUUCCGUGGGUUUUUUUUCUAAUUUUAAAACACUUGUUUUCCCAGGUUUAUUCUUAGUCGCCUACAAUUUUCCGAAAAGAUACUGAAGAUUUAAUAAUGCAACAGUAUCUGGAAUUUUCUGCAGUCUUGCGUAAAUAGUCAAAACAUGUUGUUUUUUUUUCUUUUCAGAAUUCCCAAUACAUAUAUUUCUAGAUGGAAAAGAAAAAAUAAUCUGCUUUUUUUAACCGGGUUUUCCAACGGAAAAAUCCGGUUAUUAAAAUGGUAAAAAUGGCGGGCGGGCGGGCGGCUGCCAAAAGGGUACCCUCAUUGUACGGAUAACUCGUCCUAAAAUUUUCAACUUUUGCAGAUCAAUUGUAUAUAUAUCGGAAUGUGCAUAUUGCUAGGAUUUUGAUUUCCGAUAAUUUAUGAAAUAUAUACAUGUACCAGCUUUUGAACUUAGUCAUUUUUUAGCUAAAUAUUGCAUAUAGGGUACCCUCAUUGUACGGAUAACUCCUCCUACAGUUUUCAAGAUAGGAAAUUGUCCUUUUGCAGAUUAAUUGCACAUAUAUCAGAGGUGUGCAUAUUGCUAGGAUAUUGAUUUUUGAUUAUUUAUGAAAAAAUACAAGCUUUUGAACUAAGUCAUUUUUUAGCAAAAUAUUGCAUAUAGGAUACCCUCAUUGUACGGAUAACUCCUCCUACAGUUUUCCAGAUAAGAAGUUGUUCUUUUGCAGAUUUUUUUAGCAAAAUGUUGCAUAUAGGGUUAUCCAUUUCACUGGAUACAGGUUGACAUGGAUUAUGGAUACAGUUUACAUAAAAACCCGGUUUGCUGUCACAUUGACAGUUUUUUCACUUGUUUAAAUUAUCAAUUAUAUUACGAAACUAGGUGUGAAAAAUAUCUAAACAAAUAUGAUUAAUAGGACUUGAAUAAUCUUUUGAGAGAAAUUGUAAUUUACAAACUUUUCUUAUAAAAAAUGCUUAAUAAACUAAUAAGAACUAUUCAUAGGUUAUACUGUUUAAUACUGUAGAACCAAUUAAAUACCUAAUGAUGUAUUUUCGUGGAUAAUGGAAUUUAUUUUUGCUCAUUUAAAGCAAUGUUAUUUCAUGAAUGGGUCGGUUUUUAGUUACUGAAAGUAACUGUUUUAGUAUACACACUUCCUCUUUCUAAAAUAUAAGACAUAAAUACCCACCAAUAUAAGGAAUGAUUUAAAUUUACUUGACGGAUAUCACAUUGUUUAAAAACAAAACGCAUUGUAUUUAAAAUCGAAGUAAAUACCGUGAACGAUUAGA